AAUCUGUGGUGUCUUGUUGUUGAGGAAGGCGAGUUACUGAAACACUUGAAGGUAUAAGUCUGUAAUUGUUUUGAAAGCCCUGGCUGGGUUAAUUAUGUUCAUUUGUUAGUCGUUGUCGUAUACUCGUAACUGCAGUGAAAACCCUUCUCUUAUGCUUAAAGUUCUUUCGUGUAAAACAAGUACUUUUCAGUCGUCUUUCUUUAACCGUAUCGUCCCUCUCUGGAACUGUGUGUGUAAAACAGCCUCGCCUGCAAACCUUCGUAGUCAAAAACGUACUUACAUUUAUUACUGCUAUUUUUUAUGCAGAUAUGACCUGUACUUGGUCAUUACAUCGAACUUGUUCAUGUCAUAGGAAUUAGUUCGGAAGAAAAAAUAUGCAUAUUGCUUGUGUUUCUCUUGUCUUUCACAUUCUUAUGUAGUUUUGAUUCUCAUUUAAUACUAAAUCCAAUAACUGAUAUUCGAGCAUUUAAGUUGUGUGCGGUUUUGAGAAUUAGUUGGUCGGCUCGAGCAAUUGGCAUGUGUUUUCCCACAGUUAUUAAUGUAUAAAUAUUUUAAGAAAUGUUUAUAGCUUGUAACGGGGAGUGCCUCGCAUGGGAGUCCCGUUCGCAUGCAUUCUUACCACUUGGACACGGUAAAGCAAAAUUUCCAAACUGUCCUACCUCGAGCUGUCUUACCGCGCCUGUAUUCUGAAAGCACACUCACACUCAAAGAGUGGAGGUUCAAUCUGAGCUUCUCUUGAGUGUCAGUGCUGUUUUUGAAUAGCUGUAGAGUGAGUAGUCACAUAGUAAGUUACGACACUAACCCUCCAGCUGUUCACAAACAGCAAUGACACUCGAGAGAAGCUCAGAUUGAACCUCCACUCUUUGCGUGUGAGUGAGCUUUUAGAAUACAGGCGUUAGACCUGAAUCAACUCGUGCUGCUAGUGUAUUGAAUAGCUUCGAAAAAAUUGGACCUUUCCAUGACGAUCAUGAUUUUGAUUUUUAAAAUAUUAAUCACAUUUAUUGUUUUACACAUGCAGGAAUAAUUGUCUUUUGUUUAAACUUAUUUAUCACAGUUACUGAAAGAUUUUUAUCUUCUUGGUCGUGGAGAAAUAUUUCGUUCUCUGAUAGAGAAAUCCAAAGAUUUACUUAAAGUUCCACCAACUGGCAACACUGGUCAUAGUAAGUAAUCGUUCAUUCUUUUCUCCGGCUUUUUGUUUGGUUGUCUAUCAGGGCGACAAAGACCCGAUGAAACCAAUGAGAGUAAUUCAGCCUCAUUUUGAUUAUUGUUGCGAAGUUUGGGAUUUAGUGAACGUCUUCAAAACUACAAAAUAGACUAUGGACUGAUCGGGAAUUUCAAAAAUGAACCCAACCUCGUACCCAGGUUCUCAAUCUUCGCUCCUACCUCGCUUGAAUUGAGACCCUGGGGGCUGGUCACCUGACCCGUCAUAUUUAGGCGGAUUUGCUCAAUUGUUUUAGGGAAAGUACAGUAUAGUAAGUAGAUAUUGUAGUAAACUAUAAUAUUGUUAAAAUAACAUUACAAAACAAAACAUCUCAGUUACUAUCCUUUCUCUAAAAACAAAAGUAACAAAUCCGCCAAAGUAUGACGGGUCAGGUGACCAGCCGAUACCAGGGUCUCAAUUCAAGCGAGGUAGGUAAGAUAUUCAAAACGGAUAUUUUGUUGAAUUGAUUUUUCAUGUUCAUAUCUGACAAAGCUGUUUGAAACUCAGUAAAGUUACGUUUUGAACAAUUGAAAGUCAGAUUUUAGUCCUUGAAUUUCUUCUUCAGUAUUUAGUCCUUGAAUUUGCUGACAAAUGUCCUUGAAAAGUCCUUGAAUUUGACUUUUUCUCACAUGUACGACCUCUAGCUCUUGUAAUGCCCUUGGUUGGAUAUCGCUUGACGAACGUAGGGCACAAGUGAAAGCCUAUCAAUUAGGUCAAUCAAUUAGCCCCUCAAAGACUGUGUGACACUUUUCAAAAUUCGAAUACAAUAAAUGAUUACAAUUUAAAGGGGCAGUGUCACGGUUCUACUGCGCAUCCAAAAUAUGCGCGAACUUGAAAAACUGUCUGCCAACAAUUAAUCAAGUUAGGAGUGAGAUACGAUAUACUAUUUAUAAUCCCUUUGUUAUGCAGGACAUCCUUGUUUUGUUUUAAAAAUUGAAGGCUGUGCUGCAUCUUUUCCAAUCAUGUAGCAUUAAUUGUUUUUGUUUGUGGAAACACCACGUAAAUUUAUUACUGCAGUAAUAAAUUUACGUGGUGUUUCCACAAACAAAAACAAUUAUAUUUUAUCGCCAUGCAAACAUUCAAAGAACUUAUCAUGUAGCAUUAAUUUUAAACGUUUCUUUGCGCCAUUUAUUUUAGCCAAUCAGCGCCGUGACACUGCCCCUUUAAGGGGUUCUUCGACUAGGCUUUUUAUUCCCAGGCCUCGGACGGAAUUCCUAAAAAAGUUUCAGUUAUAGUGGGGCUCAAAUAUGGAAUCAGAUAGCGGAAGAGACAAGAACUUCGGUAUCUGAUGAUUCAUUUUGCUAAAAGCUUUUUUCCUCGACCUUUGUUUUUAGAAAUUAGUUGUCUAUGUUCAGGAUUCGUACAAAACUUGAAAGUACUUGAAUGUCCUUGAGUUUGAAUACAAAAAUCCAAGGCCUUGAAUAUCCUUGAAUUUGUAAAGAAGUACUUGUACGAGUUUAGUUUAUGGAUAUUUUCCGAAGUUGUUUGACAUUCAAAACGGACUUUUUGUUUUUGUUGAACUGAUUUUGCAUUUUUAUAUCUGACAAAGCCGUUUGAAAUUCAUAAAAGCUGUGCCCUUUUUGAACAAUUGAACGUCAUAUUUUACUGAUUUCAGUAUUUAGUCCUUGAAUUUGCUGAUACAUGGCCUUGAAUUAGCUUCCUCCGCAGGCAUCUUGUGGUUCACGUACUUUACAAAGUCGGUGAGAUCUUGAUCUCGUAGCUCAGUCGGCAGAGCAUUGGACUAGUAUCCCAAAGGUCGCGGGUUCGAUUCCCACCGUGGUCAAGCAAACUUUUCAGUUUGACUCCGUCCCAUGCAGUCUCAUGUAAACUGGGCUUUACUCGCGCAGUUCGAGUCACAAGUUGGCUCGAGUCGAUCGCUUAACUUCAGUUCAUUUUUUCAGAUAUCAAAGUUAUUUUUGAUGAAAUUAUGCGUAAGGUAUCAAAAUUUUACUAUUGUUUUGUCUUAUCGAUUUUCACUAUUAAAAGACAAUAAAAAUUUCUAUUGUCCCUUAACUAUUAGGAAUAAUUGUACUUGAUGAAGUGCAGAUUUAAAGAAUAUUUGUUUUGUUUUAGUUGCUUCCAGAUGAGGACGAGAAUACGUCUUAUUUCACACUUUCUGUUGAAGUCCCGAAAAAUAUACCUGGGAAGGAAGAAGGUACGUUCAUUUCUUGUACUCUGCUGAACGCGCAUAUAGAAAGAACUUGAUAACUGCUUGAUAAGGCCAAAAAAAAAUAUGUGGGUUUCCGGUUUCUUCUUAUAAAAACUUAGGUAGGGUAGGUCGGUUUUUAACUUUUUUUUUAAACCUUUUUUUUAAUUUUCCGAACAAGCGGACGCCAUUUUGUUUAGUCAGAGCUUCCACAUCCAAAGAUAAAUUUCAAUUUUCCACAAACUUUUUCCUCUAAGUGGAAACACUUACAACCAUGAUCCAAUAAAAAAGUUUAGGGUCGGGAUUUCGACGUCCAAAAGCUAGGUAGGGUCGGGAAACCGGAAACCCACAUAUUUUUUUUUUACCUAACCGCCCCUCCACAAAGUCAACAGCAUGGCUAUCGCCCGUAUUCUAAAAGCACAAUCACACUCAAUGAGUGGAAGUUCAAUCUGAGCUUCUCUCGAGUGUCAAUGUUGUUUUUGAAUAGCUGGAGGGUGAGUGUCAUACCUUACUAUGUGACUACUCACUCUCCAGCUGUUCAAAAACAGCAAUGACACUCAAGAGAAGCUCAGAUUGAACCUCCACUCAUUGAGUGUGAGUGUGAGUGAGCUUUUAGAAUUCAGGCGUAUUCCACUGAUAAAGCGUCCUGAGCAGGGGUUGAAAUUACCGGACGCCAGAUCACCAAUAGAUGAUUCCAGCUUUCGACGAGAUUUUGAUCUGAACAAGAAGAACAAAAUCCAUUACCACAGCUGGAAAUAGCAUCUAAAAUGAGUAAAAUUGCAAAGUUUGGUUGCGAAAUGUUGUAAAAUGAGGAAAAUAUAGCCCGGGCACGAAGUUCGCAAAUUUUGUAUAUAUUUGCAUCACGCGCGGGGAAAAUCACCAGUUUUCUACUCUGUAUAAGUUAUAACCAAUGAGCUGCAUAUAUAUCUGGAGUGAGAAUUCGAGUCAAAAAGUGAAGCCAACCGAACGAUGGAGCUACAUACAUGGACGUCAGUUUCAAUUCCUUUCUAUUGUUUUUGUCUGCAAGGAGUGCUGAAAUUUCGCAUUCUGACUUCGAUUUAAAGCAUGCUACUAUGGUUUUAUGAACUAAUAACUUGAUUAGCAAUUUUGCCCGUUAGAAAAAAACCCUGGAAUUAACUACAGAAAAUGGUAUUAAAACUGUUUGCAACCUUCAUAGCUAUUGCACGUCAAUUCCGCCAUCUCAUCAGCCGAAUGACUGAAGUUCUUUCUUCAGAUAUACCGGGUCCCCCCAAAAAACUGCACACUGUUUGAUUUCAUGUAACGUAAAAGCUAUCACAAUGACAUAAAGCUCAUUGCAUUCAGAAAGGACUAUUCGUGGAUUUUGAUAGUAUAACACUUGAAUUUACAUGCAAUAUUGGCCGAGAUAUACAACCAAAAUAAAAGUAUUAUUUAACAAGUAUAACUACAUCGGUAAUUAUAAGGUUGUUUUAUAAUGCUAAUUUUUGGCAUUUUCAAAAACAGUAGUUCAACGUUCAAACAUCAAUAGCGCAGUCAGUAUUGCAUGUAAAUUCAAGUCCUGUAUAUCAAAAUCUAAGUUGGUCCUUUUGGAAUGCAAUGAUCGUUAUUUCAUUGCGAUAGCUUUUAUAGCUUUUACGUUACAUGAAAUCAAACAGCUAGUGUCCAGUUUUUUUAUGGGACACCCGGUAUAUAAAGCUCACUCGUUAUAGCAUCAGACUUGAGGGGAAAGCAUCGAUGGGUUAAAAUUCCCUUCUUUUUUUUUAAGGCAGUCUAGUCACAGGAUGGCAUUCACUGAUGUUACACUACGACGUGCAGUGGCCAUUACAUAUUGUUCUUACACCUACAUUUCUUGAAAAGUAA